AUGGCUCCUACUAUCGAGUACAAGGAAGAAGCUGGAGGCAGUCAGUUCAUCGGUGUGGUUGAUAUCUUCGGCUUUGAGAUUUUUGAGCAGAACCGUCUGGAGCAGUUGUGUAUCAACUAUGCGAACGAGAAGCUCCAACAAUUGUUCGGCAGGUUCGUGUUCCGUAUGGAGCAGGAUCAGUACGUAGCGGAAGAAAUUCCCUGGAAGUUCGUCGACUAUCCGAACAACGACGUCUGUGUGGCUCUUGUAGAGAAGCGACAUACCGGUAUCUUCUCUCUGUUGGACGAGCAAUGUCUGAUCCCUCGCGGUAACGACGAGAAGCUGGCGAACAAGUACUACGAACUACUAGCAGGCAAGCACGAGAGCUUCUCAGUGACCAAACUGCAGCGAGCCAAGGGCCAGUUUGUGAUUCAUCACUAUGCUGGCAACGUGUGCUACAUGACGGAUGGCUUUUGUGACAAGAACAAAGACCACAUGCACACUGAGGCUGUGGAUCUCCUGCGUACGUCCAAGUUCUCGUUUGUGCGUGCAUGCUUCGAGAACAGUGUCAAUGCUGCUGGUAACUCGAGUCCACGAAAUGGUCGGACGGAGUCUCGUGGCAGUGAUGGCACUCGUCGUCGAUCUGGCGGCAUCAUGUCGUCUACAGUCGUGGCGCAAUUCAAGAGUCAGCUCAGCUCGCUUCUGGAAGUGUUGAAUGCAACGGAGCCUCACUUUAUUCGCUGCAUCAAACCCAACGACCAAGCCAGCGCUUCUCAGUUCGAACGAAAACGUCUCCUGGAACAGCUGCGCUGCAGUGGUGUACUGGAAGCCGUCAAGAUCUCUCGGAGUGGCUACCCUGUACCAAGUGCCCAAGGACAAGUGGAGAAAGAAGUGGCGCUGCAGAUGGUGGACAAGUUGGCUACAAAGCUUCAAGUGGUGACGGGUGCCAAGCACCCUCCGUUCCAAGUGGGCAAGACGAAGGUUUUCUGCGUUCUUGAAGCUCAUCAAGCGCUGGAAGCUGCUCGAUCAAAGGCUCUGUACAAAUCUGUGAUCACCUUGCAGCGAUACUGUCUCGGGUACACGAUGCGUGCGCGCUAUCAACGUAGGCGUCGAUCGAGUGUUCGCAUCCAAGCGAUGUGGCGCUCGUGGUAUUGCUGGCAUCGAUAUCAACGCAUUGUUCGUCGUCAACGCGCCGCUGUGAAGUUACAGAGCACAACUCGAGGAUUCCUGGCGAGGAAGCAACUCAAGCGCAUUCAUGCAGUCACUGUGAUCCAAUCUUUCGUGCGUGGAUGGCUGGUUCGACGCGAGUAUUCUGCCAACACAUUGAGCUUCGAACAUGACGUGUCUUACGUGGGAUCUCUGGAUGAACGUAGCACCACGGCAAGCUCGAUUUCACUCGCCGAGUCGAUUUCUAAGGACCGGAAGAACACGACGAUCUCGUUCCAGAGCUCCGUGUCCACGAGUGACUACUCAGAUACGGACGGGAGUAUCAGUAUCAGAAGCAGCUCUCGCAUCUCGAGGAAGAAGAUGAUCGAAGAGUACGAGCCGCCCACACAGAUCCAGAACGAGUACGAGAUCGUCUGGGAGUGCGGACUGUUGGGUCUGUACUUCGAAAGUGACCCUAUCUCCAGUUUGCCUAUUGUGCGUCGAGUCCACGAGAGUUUGAGUAACUGCGCCGACAUCUUUGAAGUCUCGCGCGGUGACGUUCUGCUUGCCGUGGGAAAGGUGAAGGUGAAAAAGGGAGACAUCCGUCGCAUUUUGACUCUUCUUCAAGAAGUCCAGAAGCCUCCGUGCUGCGCUUCCGUCACACGGACCUUGUGGAAGACCCACAACAUCAACUUGACCAGACGAUGUCUCUGGACAGCUCGGUCCUGUCGAACCCGCAAGACGAUUCUCACUCCAUGGGGAUGUCACGCAUGA